AUGAAGCUCUCCGUCAUCCUCUCCAUCGCCCUUGCCGGUGCCUCCUCCGCCCACUACGUCAAGAGCCUGACCGAGUAUACCAAGGAACUUCCCCAAUGCGCCGUUGCGGCCAUGAAAAUCGGCAUGAAGGACCAGGGCUGCAACCUCGAAAACGCCAACGCCAAAGACUUUGACUGCAUCUGCGACAACUACCUUGACAUUGACGGCCGCGUCUAUGCCGAAGUCGACCAUUCCUGUGCUGCCGACUACGAUUCUGCAGCGGGCAUACUCUGCGGCGUUUGGGAGGUCGAGAGCACCACCGCGUCAGACCUGCCGCAGGCCACCAAAGCCCUCGCAGACAUCCUCGGUGUUGGCGCUCCCAAGGCCCAGGCCACCGGUGACGCCACCAGCGACGACGAUUCCGCAGCUGCGACCCCGUCUCAGCAGGUCAAGAACGCCGCCGCUCCCGUCAAAAAUCGUGCUUCUGUGCCUACAGGCCGCAUUGCGCGUUCUCUCGGCGGUGCUGCCGCCGCUGCCGCCGCUGCCGCCGCCAUGCACCUGUGA